GGCCAACAAGAAGAAGAGUAUAGUUAAAAAAGGAGGGAAAAUGCAAAACCCCUUAUUAAACCCUAAUUCACUCUCAAAAUCUUCCUUUCUCCACAAAUAGUCAAAAAGCCACACCCAUAAGCUUGUCGAAAAGUUGCCGAAUGAUGAUAUAGCAGCAAAAUAGCUAUUUUUGGAAUUAUCAAAUCAUCAGUAAACUGUGAAAGGGUUUUGAUUGUAAGGAAAAAGCCUUUUCACAGAGUAGUCUCAAUGGCGAGGCUUCUUCGUACUGCCACUUCUCUCAGAACAUAUCUUUCGCCCCAACCGCAAUGUUUGAGAAGAAGCUUAUUUGGGGCAUUGGAUCAGCUAUGCUACUUUUCUUCUCGAGGUAAGAAAAAAUCAAACUCAGACGGCAGUGAUUCAGGUGAAGAGAAUUUGUCCAAGAAAGACUUGGCUUUGAAACAAGCAUUAGAUCAGAUCACUACAUCAUUUGGAAAGGGAUCUAUCAUGUGGCUUGGUCGCACGGUGUCCCCAAAACAAGUUCCCGUGGUGUCUACUGGAUCAUUUUCUUUGGAUACUGCCCUUGGGAUAGGGGGGCUUCCUAAGGGACGUGUAAUAGAGAUAUAUGGCCCAGAGGCUUCAGGAAAAACAACUCUUGCUCUGCAUGUAAUUGCUGAGGCACAGAGACAGGGAGGUUAUUGUUGCUUCGUUGAUGCUGAGCAUGCUCUUAAUCCGGCAUUGGCUGAGACCAUUGGAGUAAAUACUGAAAACUUACUUCUGUCUCAACCAGAUUGUGGUGAGCAAGCUCUUAGUCUGGUGGAUACAAUUAUAAGGAGUGGUUCGGUUGAUGUUGUUGUUGUGGACAGUGUGGCUGCCCUUGUCCCGAAAGGUGAGCUUGAAGGUGAGAUGGGAGAUGCUCAUAUGGCAAUGCAAGCUAGACUGAUGAGUCAAGCACUCCGCAAGCUGAGUCAUUCUUUAUCACUAUCACAGACCAUUUUAAUCUUCAUAAAUCAGGUCAGGUCAAAGCUAUCAACUUUUGGGGGAUUUGGAGGUCCUACUGAAGUUACUUGUGGUGGUAAUGCCUUGAAGUUCUAUGCUUCUGUGCGUCUAAACAUAAAGCGAAUUGGGCUCGUCAAGAAGGGGGAAGAGACCAUAGGAAGUCAAGUUCUUGUCAAGAUUGUAAAGAACAAACAUGCUCCUCCAUUUAGAACUGCAGAGUUUGAGCUUGAGUUUGGUAAGGGAAUUUCCCGUGAAGCUGAACUCAUUGACUUGGGAGUCAAACAUAAGCUCAUCACAAAGGGUGGUGGUGGUUAUUACAGUAUCAACAAUCAGAGCCUUCGUGGUAGAGAUGCUGUAAAACAUUUCCUAGCUGAGAAUGAUAGCGUAAGGGAAGAUCUUAUGAUGAAACUUAGAGAAAAGCUUUGGGACCAUGGGGACAAAGAAAAGGGUUCUGAUGUGGAGUCUAUACAUGUAGACCCUGUCGAGGAGGCUGUUUUGAACGAUACAACUGAUGAAGAUGCUGCAACUGCAGUUGAGGCAUAAAGGUUCGUCAAAUGAAACUGCUGGCUUCCUGUCCAUAUCAGUAUGCUGGUUGAGUCAUGGGCAAAAAUUGGUAUUUGUGGAGCAUCCUUGGUUUAUCAUCAUUUGUAAUCUGCUCUUGUACUUAAUGAAGUAUCCAAACCAUGGCUUUGUAAGUUUUGUCCACAUGUAAUUCUGAUCGCGUAGUUCAUGGAAACUACUUAAUUAGAGAAAGUGAGGGGCCAGAGCCUAGUUCAAUUUUUUCAAAUAACCUCAAUUGCGGUUAUCAGUUGGUCACCUUCCAAUGUAUGCUAAAAUUCUCUUGUACAUAACAGUGAUUAUUCAGAGAGAAUCUGUAUCCAAACUUUAUGUUAGUAAAGCUAAGCUUUUUGUGAUUGAA